UGUUUCACUUUGUAAAACCCUUGAGGCUUAAACCCUAGCCUCCACCUCUGCUCUGCUCAACCCCUUAAACCCUAAAACUUCUUUUUCUUCUUCUUCUCUCUCUCACUCUCUCUCAUGGCUUCCCUUACCUUGAAGAAGAAUUAUCGGUGCGUGCCUUCACUUGAACAAUUCUACACAGGUGGGCCGUUCGCCGUCUCAUCAGACGGCUCAUUCAUCGCCUGCGCCUGCGAUGAAUCGAUCAGAAUCGUCGAUUCAUCGAACGCGUCGAUAAGGUCGACCAUCGACAGCGACUCAGAAGCUCACACGGCCUUGGCGCUUAGCCCAGACGACAAAUUGCUCUUCUCCGCCGGCCACAGUCAUCAGAUUAGAGUCUGGGAUUUGUCCACCCUCAACAACGUCCGUUCUUGGAAGGGACAUAAUAGUCCAGUGAUGGCUAUGGCUUGCCAUGUGUCGGGGGGAUUGCUUGCUACUGCAGGGGCUGAUGGGAACGUCUUUGUUUGGGACGUCGAUGGUGGCUUUUGCACUCACUCCUUCAAGGGUCACAAAGGGGUUGUUUCUAGUAUUAUGUUCCAUCCUGAUCCGGAUAAAUUACUGUUUUUCUCUGGAGGUGCUGAUGCAACAGUACGAGUGUGGGAUCUUUUGACCAAGGAAUGUCUUGCAACUUUUAGAAAACAUGAGUCAGCAGUAACUUCUAUGGCUAUAUCUGAGGAUGGAUGGAUCUUGCUCACUGCUGGAAGAGAUAAGGUUGUAAACUUGUGGGAUCUUCAUGACUAUGGUUUCAAAAAGACUGUGUUAACAUAUGAGGUACUUGAAGCUGUUUGUACAAUUCACUCUGGAAGCCCCUUUGCUUCAAGCCUGGCUUUAUUCUCUCAGCGAAGUGGGAAGAAAGCAAGUGGUUCGUCAGAAAUUCAUUUUAUCACAGUUGGUGAACGUGGGAUUGUAAGAAUAUGGAACUCUGAAAGGGCAGUUUGCUUGUUUGAGCAAAAGUCAUCAGAUAUUACUGACAGCUCAGACAUGGAUAGGGGCUUCACUUCUGCAGUUAUGCUGCCUUUUGAUCAAGGGUUGCUUUGUGUGACUGCUGAUCAGCAGUUUCUUUUCUAUUCCCCAGUAGAAAACCCAGAAGAGAUGUUUAAAUUAAUCCUAAGCAGAAGACUUGUAGGAUACAAUGAAGAGAUUGUGGAUAUGAAAUUUUUAGGUGAAGAGGAACAGUUUCUGGCGGUUGCCACAAAUCUUGAACAGGUACGAGUGUAUGACCUAACGGCCAUGUCAUGUUCUUAUGUAUUGGCUGGUCAUACUGAAACUGUUCUAUGCCUUGACACCUGUGUAUCAAGUUCUGGAAGAACACUUAUUGUAACAGGAAGUAAGGAUAACAAUGUUAGACUGUGGGAAUCUGAAAGCAGAUGUUGCGUUGGAGUUGGUGUAGGUCAUAUGGGAGCUGUUGGAGCCGUAGCUUUCUCAAAGAAGCAGAAGAACUUCUUUGUUAGCGGUAGUAGUGAUCGUACACUAAAAGUGUGGAGUUUGGAUGGUCUCUUAGAUGGGGUCGAACAACCACUUAAUUUAAAAGCAAAGGCAGUUGUAGCGGCUCAUGAUAAGGAUAUUAAUUGUCUAGCUGUUGCACCAAAUGAUAGCUUAGUUUGCAGUGGUUCUCAGGAUCGCACUGCUUGCAUUUGGAGGCUUCCAGAUCUGGUAUCUGUAGUUGUACUUAAAGGGCAUAAAAGGGGAAUUUGGUCGGUAGAGUUUUCUCCCGUUGAGCAAUGUGUCAUAACUGCAUCUGGUGAUAAAACGAUAAAGAUUUGGUCAAUAUCUGAUGGUUCAUGCUUGAAAACAUUUGAAGGGCAUACAUCAAGUGUAUUAAGAGCGUCCUUUCUUACUCGUGGGACCCAAUUUGUUUCUUGCGGUGCUGAUGGUCUGGUAAAGCUAUGGACAGUGAAAACCAAUGAGUGCAUUGCUACAUAUGAUAAGCACGAGGACAAGGUUUGGGCACUGGCAAUUGGGAAGAAGACAGAAAUGCUUGCUACUGGUGGCAGUGAUGCUGUCAUUAAUUUGUGGUAUGAUUGUACUUCUGAUGACAAAGAGGAGGCUUUCCGUAAAGAGGAGGAAGGGGUUCUGAAAGGUCAAGAAUUGGAAAAUGCUGUAUCAGAUGCUGACUACACUAAAGCAAUCCAAAUUGCAUUUGAACUUCGCAGGCCUCAUAAACUUUUUGAAUUGUUUGCUGAACUUUUCAGGAAGAGAGAGGCUGAAAUUCAGAUGGAUAAAGCUCUUAAUGCCAUUGGCCAGGGAGAGUUUCGUUUACUGUUUGAAUAUGUUCGAGAAUGGAAUACAAAGCCAAAGCUCUGUCAUGUUGCACAAUUUGUGCUUUUCAGAGUUUUCAACAUCCUUCCUCCAACAGAGAUCAUUGAGAUAAAAGGCAUAGGGGAACUCCUUGAAGGUCUCAUACCAUAUUCUCACAGGCAUUUUAGCAGGAUAGACAGGCAUGUAAGAAGCACAUUUUUGUUGGACUAUACUCUGACAGGAAUGUCAGUUAUUGAACCCGAAAUUAAUGCCAAGGAAAGGGAAGAAGACGAGUCUUUGAUGCACUCUGAUGUGAAGGAUCUGGAUGACAUGAUUUUGACAGAAAAUUUUGAUUCAGAGCAAAACCAGACUUCCGAAGAACCAAAGGUGUCUUUGAAGAAACGGAAAUCAAAGAAAUCUAAAGAGAGUUCAAGUAAGAAGGUUAAGGGUGUGGCAUACACUAAGGUUGAUGCUAUUUCAUUACAGGCAUGAAAGGUAUCAGAUGCUUUCGAUCUGUUUCUGUAUUUUUUAUUUUCUGAUUGGGAAAGUGUCUUCGGUUCCUUCACAUGGUUUUGCCUUCCCCUGUCCUUGCCUACAGGCCUUGUUCGAUCCAAUUGUAAAAUAUGUGCCUUUGUUCUUUCAUCUUCUUCUUCUUCCUUUUUUAACCUUGAUCAUUUUUUUGGUUUAACAAUGAUCAUAGGAAUACUUGGCACACUGAAACAUAAUGUAGUGAAUUUUGAUAUGUAGGAUUCAAUACUUUAAAGUAGUUUAAAUUUAUGGAAUUUGUGCUAUGGCUUUAAAGCUUCCCAAAUCUUUCACAGUUGUAAGAUUAAACAAUUUUAAUAUGUUUAGUACAUAAUGUGAAAGGUUAAAUUUUUCUUGA